AUGGUACUUUUGGUUAGGAGAAGUAUAAAUGAGCGAGGUGAGACAGUCAAUGAAGGAGGAUGUGUCCCUCUUGAAUCUCCUGCAGCCUGCAAAGCCUGUGUUUUACUUUUUAAAGUCAUUGGUCCUUUUUGGGCCUGUGGCACCUUCGGGGAGUUAUGUCUCAUGUGCCAACAAGUUUCUAUGGACCCCACUGAACCUCAUCAAAUUGAUGCUGCUGUGUCAUAA